AUGUUGACUUUUGGAGUCGCAAGAACAAGCCUCCAAAAUGGCCACAUCAAGGCAGGCGUUCUCCCCAAUUUCUUGGAUUCUUGCAAUACGGCGUCUCGGGAACUUCCACUUUGGUCGGGCCAUGUUCUGGAACUCUGGAAGAACUUGAUGAACUUUGCCAUUGAGAAGAAUUCAGGUGACUUCCGCCCACAAGGGAUGCAGACCAUCCAGCUGUUGAACUUGGAGGCUCAAGCCCACUACAAGAAGCCGCGUUGGGCUGAAAUGAAGAAUGCUGAGGAGGGUGACAUCAUCCCCAAAGGACAGUGUUGA